AUGAAUUCAGUAUCGACGACUACAAGUGCAACAGCUAUUACUGGUUCGGCAAGUCAAUCAGUAUUACACACAGAUAUAUCGCCAACUCCCAUUACGAGUGCCUUAUCCUCAUCUUUACAUAUGGACACUAGCCAAACAAGUGAUAGCGAAACAGUGCAUACUACAACACUAUCAUAUUCGUCUUCAAAUACGAACAUGUAUCAGACUACCAGUGCAACUACCACAUACACUGACAUUGCUUUGUCAAAUUCACCUACUACGUUCAACAGUCAAUCGUCCUCAAACAUGCAUAGUUCACCAGAAACAAGCAAUCAUUCAUCUUCCUUCACGCAUAUGGACACAUCUGAGACAGCCAGCAUAGCACGCACAAUUACUGCGAUAUUCUUAGCUUCACUUGAACCACUCACAAGCGAAUCAUUUUCCACCUCAGAUAUAUCACACCACACAAGUACUGACACUUCAUCAGCAUUCCCUACAUACACUACCAUGUCAGCUACACCUAUAUCGAUUACCGGUUCAUCGUUACUGCAUAUCGACACGUCGCCAACAACAACUAAUAGCAUUUCGUCAUCGACAACGAUAGACACGGGUAAAACACUUAGCAGUACACCUUCGACUUCUCCUAAUACACCAGUUUUUUCUUUUUCAGCAGCAACUAGAUCAUUACCAUCAAUAUCGCUUACUCCUACAUCAUCUACAUCGUUGUAUACUUAUACAAGCCAAGCCAUUGGCACCACAAUACAAGAGACUGCUACUACGGCACCCAUUUCAUCCGUGACAUCCACAAGUCAACUAUCGUCGUACACAAGUGUCUCAGAAGAAACAAGCAGUGGCACAUCUUCCUCGCCACAAACCGACACAAGUCAACAAACUGGCAGUACCACACAAAAUAAUGCUACUAUCCUAUCAUCCACACAUGUUACGUCUUCCACCGAGUUGUCCACAUAUCCAGCUCCUUCCCAAGAAAUAACCACUGGAGCAACUUUCUCCACACCGACCGAAACAAGUCCAUCAACCGGUAGCACCACAGCGAAUACCGCUACUUUUCCAUCAGCUUCAUCUAUUGCGUUGUCAAGUCAAUCCUCAUUGUACACAGCUGUUUCACCAGAACUCACCUAUCCAACAUCUUUAUUCCCACCAACUGAAACAGGUCAAUCAAGUGGUAGUACAACAAUAAAUAUGGGUACCGUUUCAUCAUCAACACCCGUUGCGUUUUCAAGCCAAUCCUCCUCGUAUACAGGUGUUUCACAAGAAAUAAGCACUGAAGGAUCUUCCUCGGCACAAACUGAAACAACUCAAGCAAGUAGUAGUACAACAAUAAAUACCGCUACUGUUCCAUCAACUUCACCAAUUACCUUGUCCAUCCAGUCAUCAUUACAUACAAGUGUCUCACAAGAAACAAGUACAGGCACACCUUUUUCGGCACAAACUGAAACAGGUCAAUCAAGUGGUAGUACAACAAUAAAUACCGCUACUAUCCCAUCAUCGACACCUGUUACGUUUUCAAGUCAAUUAUCACAAUACACAGGUUUCUCAGAAGAAACAAGUACUGGCACAUCUUCCACGGCACAAACUGAAACAACUCAAUCAAGUAGUAGUACAACAAUAAAUACCGCUACUGUUCUAUCAACUUCACCAAUAAGCUUGUCAGGUGAAUCAUCUCAACAUACACGUGUCUCACAAGAAACAAGUACGGGCACAUCGUUUUCGGCACAGACGGAAAUAAGUCAAUCAAGUGGUAGUACAACAAUAAACACCGCUACUGUUCCAUCAACUUCACCAAUUACCUUGUCCAUCCAGUCAUCGUUACAUACAAGUGUCUCACAAGAAACAAGUACAGGCACACCCUUUUCGACACAAACUGAAACAGGUCAAUCAAGUGGUAGUACAACAAUGAAUACUGCUACUAUCCCAUCAUCGACACCUGUUACGUUUUCAAGUCAAUCGCCCUCCUAUACAGGUGUUUUACAAGAAACAAGCACUGAAGCAUCUUCCUCGGCACAAACUGAAACAAAUCAAGCAAGUAGUAGUACAACAAUAAAUACCGCUACUGUUCCAUCAACUUCACCAAUUACCUUGUCCAUCCAGUCAUCAUUACAUACAAGUGUCUCACAAGAAACAACUAGUCUACAACUUAUACCAAUAUUUACUUUAGUUUAUUUACAAAAUGAAAUAGUAAUAAUAUCGAAAGUUUUUGAAAAUAUUCAAUCAAAAAUAUUAAAUAUAGCAACAAUGUUUUUUUCAUUUUGUUUGAUUUUUAUAAACACAUUAUCAAUUGAACAAUCCAUAACAAUUAUUAUUUCAAUUCUAUUGAUUAUUACACUUAGUUUAAGUAUUAAUUAUACAUAUAAAGAUUAUACAAUAGAUGAAGGUUAG